CCACGAUUGGCGUUGUGCCAUUGUUUCUGCCCCUGACGAUUGAGAGCGAUCAUGUCCCGCAACAGCAGCGGCAACCACGGGUGGAACGACACCGAGUUCAAGUCGGACGAGUCGUUCGAAGCGUUUGCCGCCUCGUCGGGUCCUCUGACUCUUCCGGACUUUGGAGGUAGCUCCAACAUUGACCUUGGCGCCAUUGCCCCCGUGUUUGGUAUUGCUGGCACGACCGCACCUUCCGCUGCCGACUACCUCGAGUACGACACCCGCGGUCGCGGGUUCCAUGAGCGAGCGACCCAUAUUAUUGGCAUGGGCUACUUUGGUGGCAUCCUUGGUGGCGGUGCCAUCGGUGUUGUUGAAGGGAUCCGCAACGCCCCAAGUUCCAAGCUCAAGGUGCGUCUCAACAGUUUAUUCAACGCGGCUGGCCAACGCGGCUCCCGUGCCGGUAACGCAUUGGGAAUCUUGGCGCUCAUGUACUCGUCCAUCCAAGAACUUGCGGACACUGUCGAACUCGAGCGGUUCGUCCUCGUAGACAAGGCUGUGCCGGUCCUUGCCGCAGGGGCCACGGGCAUGCUGUACAAGUCGACGGCGGGCACACGACCAAUGUUGAUGGCUGGAGCCAUCGGUUCUGUCGUCAUGGGCGCAUUCCAGUUUGGUUCGUCGUUCUUGCGUUUGUAAGAACGACCGCCGUGCGAACGACCCCCGUGUGCAUUAAAGACUUAUAAUAUACCGUAUUCCGCUGCAUGCCGUGGUCUCGUCAUGGUCAUGCGGCUACGGCGUUCUCUUGGAGACAUUGCCGCGCACACAGACUGCCAAGAGUAUGCGCGCGUACAAUUGGCUCC